AUGCAUCAAUUUGUUCCAAGUUGGUUCAAUGGUCAAUUUUCUAAAUGGUUGGAGUAUAGUGUGAAGAAAGAUGUGGCAUUUUUCUUAUGUUGUUAUUUGUUCAAAAAUGAAUUUAUUCAUGGAAGUGCGGGUGAAUUUUAUACAAAAAAUGGUUUUAGGUCUUGGAAUAAGAGUCUUGAAAGAUUGCGUUUACAUGUUGGUGAUGUUAAUAGUGUCUAUGAUAAAUGUUUCAAGAAGAUGCUAGAUUUAUCAAAUCAUCAUCAAUCAAUUCAAGUUGUUUUUGAUAAGCACUCCGAGAAGUUGAAAAGUGAGUAUCGAAUGCGUUUAGAAGCAUCAAUUGAUGUGGCAAGACUUCUAUUGUUGUAUGGAUUGCCUUUUAGGGGCCAUAACGAAAGUGAAUCUUCAACAAAUCAAGGCCUCUUUCUAGGAUUCUUACGAUGGCAUGGGGACAAGCAUCCGGAUGUGGGAAAAGUAAUAUUAGUAAAUACUCCACAAAAUGGUACUUUGACUUGCCCUAUGAUCCAAAAGGAUAUUAUCAAUGCUUCUGCCAAAGAAACAUUAAAGGCUAUAAUUGGAGACUUGAAUGGAGAUUAUUUUGGUAUAUUAGUUGAUAAGUCCAAAGAUAUCUCACACAAAGAACAAAUGGAUCUUGUUUUGCGUUAUGUUGAUAAAAAUGGUGAAGUGGUAGAGCGAUUUGUUGGUCUUGUCCAUGUUAGUGAUACAUUGGCAUGCUCAUUGAAGAAAGCAAUCUACUCUUUUCUUUCGGGCCACUUACUAAGUCCGUCUCAAAUACGUGGACAAGGUUAUGAUGGAGCUAGUAACAUGAGGGGAGAGAUAAGUGGUCUAAAGACUUUGAUUAUGAAAGACAGCUCGUCGGCAUAUUACAUUCAUUGCUUUGCUCAUCAAUUGCAAUUAACACUUGUAGCUAUGUCUAAAAAGCAUUUGGAUGUCAAAGACUUCUUUUGUCAUGUUACUAAUGUGUUGAAUGUCAUUGGAGUAUCUUUUAAGCAUAGAGAUUUGCUUCGCCAUCUUCAAGCUGAAAAACUGGAGCAAUUACUUGAGUCCGGUGAAAUUCAUACCGGGCGAGGACUAAAUCAAGAACGCGGGCUUCAAAGACCAGUGAUUGAACAUGAAGGUUCUACCUUAAAUGAGAGAAAUCAAGCAAAAUAUAUUUUGAGUGAGAUAAUAACAUUCAAAUUUGUUUUUAUGCUUCAAUUGAUGUUGAAAGUUUUGGCAAUGUCAAAUGAGUUGAACAAGAUCCUACAAAAGAGAGAUCAAGAUAUUGUUAAUGCCAUGGAGUUUCUUAACAUUACAAAGAAAAGAUUACAAGAUAUGAGGGAAACUAGAUGUGAAUCUUUUCUAGAUGAUGUUUCCUUAUUUUGUCAUAUGCAUGAUAUUAUGAUUCCCAAGAUGGAUGAAUCCUAUUUUCCUGGAAAGUCGAAGCGUAAGUCUUCUGGUAUUUGUUAUUCAUACCACUUGCGUGUUGAUAUCUUUUAUGCUGUAAUUGAUGUGCAACUUCAAGAGCUUAAUGACCGUUUUGAUGUAGUGAGUAGCGAUUUGCUUCUUAGGAUGGCUAGUUUGAAUCCAGCCAAUUCUUUUGCAAAUUUUGAUAAAGGUAGAAUAAUGACUUUAGCAAAAUGUUACCCAAAUAAGUUUGAUGAAGUACACAUUCGAGACUUGAGUUAUCAACUAGAUACUUUCAUAAUUCAUAUGCGAGUUGGCAAUCCCAAGUUCUCCAACUUGCAAGGAAUUAGUGAUUUGGCAAAAGUAUUGGUUGAGACAAAUCUUGUGGAGACUUAUUCGUAUGUUUAUUUACUAGUAAAGUUAACGCUGAUUUUACCUGUUGCUACCGCAACUGUGGAGAGAGCAUUCUCAUCCAUGAAGCAGAUAAAGAAUGAAGAGGAACAACAUGGGUGA